AUGAAGCUCUCUACGGCACUCGUGGCCGCCGCCACCGUGCUUCCCAGCGUAUCUGCUUGGGGAGGAUUCGGUCACAUCACCAUCGCGUACCUGGCCAGCGAUUUUGUCCCCGCCGACACAGCGACCUACUUCCAGACGCUGCUGCACAACCAGACGGCCGACUACCUCGCCGGCGUGGCCACCUGGGCCGACAGCAUCCGCUACACCAAAUGGGGCCAUUUCACGGGGCCCUUUCACUUUAUCGACGCCAAGGACAGCCCGCCGGAGCGGUGCGACGUCGACAUGGAGCGCGACUGCAAGGCGGCCGGCUGCAUCGUCACCGCGCUGCAAAACUACACCGCCCGCCUGAUCGACAGUGCUGCAUCCAGCAGUCUGAGCCCGCUCGACCGCGAGCAGGCUGCCAAGUUUGUCGUCCACUUUGUCGGCGACAUCCACCAGCCGCUGCACGCCGAGGACGUGGCACGCGGCGGCAACGGCAUCCGCGUCACCUUUGACGGCGCCCACCUCAACCUGCACCACGUCUGGGAUACGAGCAUCGCCGAGAAGCUUGUCGGCGGUGUCCGUCGCCAGCCCUACGCCGCUGCCCGCCGCUGGGCCGACGUGCUCGCCGAGUCCAUCCGUGGCGGCGCCUUCCACGACGAGAGCGAGCACUGGCUCAACGGCCUCGACCUGGCCGACCCGGCCGCCACGGCCCUGGCCUGGGCGCGCGAGAGCAACGGCUACGUGUGCAGCCACGUCUUCCCGCAAGGCCCGACGGCCAUCCGAAAUCAGGAGCUCGGCUCCGACUACUACGAGAAAGCUGCUCCCGUCAUCGAGAUUCAGAUCGCUCGGGCUGGCAUCCGGCUGGCUGCCUACCUGGACCGAAUCGCCGCGCAGAUCAAUCAGCAGGAGUCGGCCACGGGCGAGCUGUAG